UAUCACUUACCUCUUCAAAGUUCUCUUUAUUUUCACUAACAAUAAAGUAAAAACUUUAGUAAUUAAUAUUAACUGUACACAGCCGCGAAUUUUGUGAUAAUUAAAUCAUGUCGGAUGGGCCAGAUACACCGCCCUUCAGUACAGUAGACAUCAAUAGUGAAAAUAUUGAAGAUGAAGACUUAUUUGCAUCUGCGGUCCAGGAAGUCAGUCUGGAUCCGGAGGUUAAUGGAGCUCGAGAGGGUUUGGAGAAAACAACCAUAGGAGACCCACCAUCAAUCACUGCUACUCUCAGCAGCCCUAUAAUGGAAGAGAUAGCUACAGAGCGAGCAAACAAUAUAUUAAUAACAGUUACAGAACCACAAAAAAUCGGAGAGGGCAUGAGCUCGUAUGUUGCGUAUCGCGUGCUUACUAAAACUAAUAUGCCAAUAUUCAGCAAACACGAGUUCACUGUGCUAAGACGUUUCAGUGACUUCUUGGGCCUGCAUGAAAAACUCACUGAGAAAUAUCUACGUUCCGGGAGAAUUAUACCGCCGGCACCUGAAAAAAGUAUUGUAGGUACAACCAAGUUAAAAAUGACUUCAACCCCUUCAACUGAGAGUGCAAACGGGAGCAACUCCGCGGCGAGCGUUCAAUCGCAGUUCGUAGAACGGCGUAGGGCGGCGCUAGAGCGAUUCCUCAACCGCGUCGCACAACACCCGGUGCUUUGCAUCGAUCCUGACUUCAGGGAGUUCUUAGAAUCCGAUACAGAAUUACCGAAAGCAACAAGUACGUCGGCACUAAGCGGUGCUGGCGUGCUGCGUCUAUUUAAUAAAGUGGGCGAGACUGUUAAUAAAAUCACGUACAGAAUGGAUGAGUCUGAUCCCUGGUUCGAGGAGCGCGUUGGUCGCGUGGAGGCGCUGGAGGCGUGCCUGCGGCGGCUGCACGGCGCCGGCGACGCGCUCGCGGCCGAGCGGCGGGAGCUGGCCGCCCGCGCACACGACGCCGCGCGCGCCGCCGCCGCGCUCUCCGGCGCCGACCCCCACGCGCCGCUCUCACGCGCGCUCUCGCACACCGCCGACCUGCACGAGAAGGUACGCUCACUGUCCCCGCGCCCCGCGCCCCGCGCCCCGCCCGCCGCCCGCGCACACGACGCCGCGCGCGCCGCCGCCGCGCUCUCCGGCGCCGACCCCCACGCGCCGCUCUCACGCGCGCUCUCGCACACCGCCGACCUGCACGAGAAGAUAGAACAAUUGAGAGUCGAGCAAUCCAACACUGACUUCUAUGUCCUGACGGAACACAUUAAAGAUUAUCUCGGCCUUAUUGGUUCCAUCAAGGAUGUCUUCCAUGAAAGAGUCAAGGUGUUCCAAAACUGGCAACACGCUCAGAUGCAACUUACGAAGCGGAGGGAAAACAAAGCUAAAGCUGAACUAGCCAACCGCCCCGAAAAGAUUGAACAGGCGUCCAAUGAGAUUAUUGAGUGGGAAGCGAAAGUGGAACGCGGUCAGCAAGAAUUUGACACAAUAUCCCGCGUUAUCAAGAAGGAACUGGAGCGGUGGGACGAGGUGCGGCUCACAGAACUGAGAGCCACCGUGCUGCGGUACUUGGAGGAGCAUAUGAAGCACCAGGCUCAGUCAAUGCGCUACUGGGAUGCGUUCUUGCCAGAAGCAAAAGCGAUCAAAUGAGUCGGGGAAUGACGGCGGCGCGCUUCGCCCUAAUCGCACCGACCGAACGACGUGGCACUCAAACUAUAACAUCGCUCUUAAUAUCCUACCAUAAGGUUUAUUCUCCAUUAAUCCAUCCAGGUUAUCUAAACGCAAACAAUUUUCAUUACUUACCAACCCUUUAUUGUCGAUCUUAUCUCAAUAUAUAUAUAGACGAAUCUUUGUUAAUAGUAGCUACAGUUAAAAAUAAUGGGGCAACAUCGUGUUCAAUAUGCUCUUUCAUGUAUUUUAAUAGUUAUCAUACAUUUUUUGUUGUGGAAUGUGGAUGAAUUAUAGUAAAAAUAUUUGCCUAUAAAAGGAACCCUCAAGGAGGGAAAUCGAAACGUACAGUCAGUUAUUACGCUAUCAUAUACAUAUGAUCAUAUUUAGAACAAUUUAUUAAGAUAGUUUUAAUAAAGCAACAAGUUUUAAGAUAUUUUUUGUAUGAAUAAUAUUAGUAAACAGAGAAUUUAAAUUUUCUUUUCUCCCAAAUACUUAAUAUUUGUAUUGACUAAUAACCCUAAUGAUUGGUUAACACAGCAAUUACCUUUUUAUUCUUUUUUUUUAUGUUUCAGUCAGAAUAUCCUUUAUAAUGUGAAUUAAAUUAACUAUGAUCUUAUACAUAUGAUAUAUAUAUCUAGGAAGAUAGGACUUCAAGUGAAAGAAGUAUUAUCACUACUGUGGUAAUAAAUGAUGAUGAUGAUGAUGGUGAUCUAUCUCAGACUGCCAAAAUGUAUGUAAUGAACUAAAAAUGUGAAUGGAAAAUAUCUACAAAUAAGCUUAUCAAUUAAUUACACACACAUUGGAUCAGGUUAAAAAGAAGUCGAUUGAAAGAUAUAUUAUUGAAAAAAUUUAGAAAAAUAUACGAUUUUGGUUUCGGAAUAUAAUAUUGAUAAUGUACAUUUUUAAACUUUUAUUAUAUUUUAAAACGUAUUUAUUAAUUUUCUAUUUUAAUUCAUUAAUUUCUCCUUGACUAUAAAAAAAAAGUUAUUGAGGUAAUUUCCAUUCGCAUAUUAUUGGAAUUUGAAUCUUAAGGUGUUUAGAUAAUGAAUAUUGAAAAUAUGUUCUGGGGGCUAAGUAAUUAAAAUUAAAAUAUAUAUAUGCCCUGUCCCACAAUAUAAUAAUAUUGUAAAAAAUUGCAUAUUAGAUAGGUAAAAUGUAAUAAUGUGUAUAUUCGUCAUAAAUAUUAUCUAGAUGUAAAAAAAAUAUUUUUAUUAGAUACCGUUCAAGUAUGUUGAUGUUUUUUCUUUUUUUUUUUAUAUAUCUAUUUGUUAAUAAAGUAAGAUACAAAGAAAAAAAUAUUAAGUUGCAUGUAUUUUUUUACUUUUUUAAUAGCCUCCGUUGAGAGUAAUCUACGGUGACCAUAAAUAUGUGAGGUUUUGUUCAAUUGUCUAAAUGAAUAACAACGUAGAUCUCAAAAAAAACCGCGCUAUUUACUAAAAAUAAAUAUUACAAUAUUUUAUUAGGGCCCAUCUAUAAUUUUCAUCACAAGUUGAGGGUGAGGGGAUCGAGAAAUGUGACACGCGUCUUAAAUUUCGUUCAUUUCAUAAUCUAAUAUAUUUAGUGUUAACACUUCCGGUUUCUGAAUAAAUAAUGUGGCACAACAUGGUGUCUUAUGAAUAGUGAAUCAAUCAAAAAUUUAUUUUACGAGCAAACAUGACAUUUUAUGAGCAAACCGCGAGCGGUCGGACGUGUGUG